AGAUGACAAGGAUUGAUUAAAAUUUUUGUAGUAUUUUUCUAAAUGCUAUAAAAUAGUUUAUUUUUAUAUAAAUAUAAAGUUGAAAUACUGUAAGGUAUUUAGUAUUUGACCGCUUUUUAGUUACAUAUACUUGAUUUUUUCUUAUAUGUACCAGAGAUCAAUUUUGAGCGUGAUAUGUUGAAAUUCGGAGGGUUAGUAGCUUUGAGGUUAGGAUCUCGAUCGUCUAUAAGGAACUAUGCUGGUCCUGGCGCUACUGUAUUUAAAUCGGAUAAAACGGACCCUCCCAAAGAUAUAUCAGGCAAGGACGAUGUCUAUGAAACACCUGAAAAGACUAAAGGUCUUGUAGCGGCAGCUUUUGCUACUUUAAAUACACCUGAAGGUGAAUUAAAGAAGCCAAGUGCGAAGUCGGUAAAAAUCACCCGAAUACAGCAGUUGGACGCUCAAAUACUUAAAGCAACUGAUAUAGAUACAUUACUUCUAGUUGCAGAGAACCCUGUUAUUUCUCGACGUCAUGCGUUGAAGAUGGUCUCCGUCCUCUCUGAAUGGUCUAGUUCCAAUAAAGUAAAGUUAUCCGACUUUGAGAGGGACCCGCGGUUUCUAAAGCUCUGCCGCAUAUUGGCCAGGACACCAGCCACUCAGGCCAUGGCUUCGUUGACCAUGGCGGAGGAUUUGAGCACAGUCCUGGGGAUCACAGGAGAUGAUGAGGCCGCUAGACUGAUUGCUAAUCUAUCCUUGCCGCAGAUGAUUAAGGUAAUGAAAGCCCUACAGCAAAAAGGCAGACGCAGCACGCCUCUUCUCCGUGCCCUCUCCUACAAUAUCACAAAGCAAUCAGAAAAUAUUGACUUGAAGAAAUCAGCUGAUUUAUUGUUCUCAAUGGCUGCAUUGAACUUCCCUGAUCCUGUGCUUUUGGAUAGAAUUUGCAGCGAUGUAAUAACCAAUCUCCCUUCGAACAAUGACAAGCCAGCGGUAGUGAACUCGAUCAUAGUGUCGCUAGGGCUCCUCAAAUACCGGCACGAGGAAGCCCUAGCGGCCAUAACUGAGUGGAUGCAAGCCAAUAAAGAUGUCUGCAGGCCAGGGGAUAUUGCGUCUGCCAUGAUUACGCUGGCCACGUUGGAUUAUCUGCCACCGAAUUCGGAUAGCUUUUUUGAGAUAGCGCUCCAACUCAAGGAGGAAGAAAUGACCAAAGCACUCUCUUGGCUGGAUCUAGUAUUCUCUCUACUAAUACUGAACAAGGCAGAGUUACAUCAUCUCGUGUCAACACUCAAGCCGGAGUUCAUUGAUCAGCUGCUUUCUGUUGGAGAAAUCCCAAUCCCAUCACGUCGCAAGUUAAUGGCGAUAGACGCGUACGUAUCUCUAUCCCACCCCAAAUGCCCACAACGUCUUGCAGAGGACAUAGCGGUGGGAGUCCCACUAUCCCAUACAAAGGAAAAAGCGCUCUAUGUACAUAGCAUUAUGGAUACUUUUAAAAGUCUGGUCUCGGCGGACACGUUUUUGAAGAAGGACUGUAACUCGGGAAUGGGAUUCUUGUAUGAUGCGGAAUUCGCCGUCGAUUCGAAAUGUCAUCCGAUGCCGUUACAAAAAGCAGAAAACAACAAAAAUGCUCACAGAAUAGCAGUGCUAGCGCUGGACUACCACGACAUGACUCGCAAAGUGUGUGCACCGCUCGGUGUGUUCAAACUUUAUACUAAACUUCUGGAGAUGAAAGGUUUCAAAGUACUCCACAUACCGUACACGGAAUACAGUCCAAAGGACAAGCUUUUAACACGAGUACAAUACAUCGAGAAACGGCUAAAGGAGAUCGUCGCGUUAUAGAAUUUGUAAAUACAUACAUAUGUAUAGAUAUAUUGUGACAAUGUGUGCGAAUGUGACGUCAUAGGGGUUAUUUGAGAUUCGUUUUGUAUGGAGUUUGUGUUUAUUGAAGUUGAGGGUAGUUGUGGUAUACAGCGUGUUCUUUUUUCUAUGUGUAUGUUUUUUUUUUAUUUAAGGUAGGAACGAUUAAACUAUCUUUUUCUUGGAGAUUUAAUUAUGAAACACAUAACUAACAAAAAAGAACACGCUGUAUAUGAAUCAUUGAACUAGUGAAGAAAUAAGUAAUACGCUGAAUAACACCCGUAUUUACUGAAAAUUUGGGCUGAUAUGGACAUGUUAGCUUUUUCCCUAUAUUAAAUUUCAUAAAUGAGAAAAAAAUGAUUUCUCUGUAGGUUGUGUAAUGUUCAGAUGGAAGUAUUUCCUAUCUCGUAUAUAAUAUGUAUUUUCUCGUAUGUUUGUUUCAUUUUAAGCAAGUAAUCUAGAAAUUAAAAACGACGUGUUGCGAUUUUUUCAUUUUAUUAUUUUGUGACAUUACGAUUAUUUACAAGCAAGUCUAGUCUUCACAUUCACAACUACAAAUCGCAUUUCAAAUCUAUUGUAUUUAUCUUACAGCAGUGAACCGAUUUCGAAUUAUUUUUUUUAUAAUAUUCCUUGAAGUACGAGGAUGGUUCUUAUGGAAA